AUGGCGCCCAACGCAGUCGCCGGCCCGUGCGACGCCGAAUGCCGCCCUGGCAGCAGCACCUACUGCCUGGCCCGCAUCGCCGGCACGUGCGCCUCCAAGGUCAACGCGGGCUGCAAGCAGAAACAGAACGAACCCUGCGACCUCUACGCCACCUCGGCAUCCACUUGCGCGAACACGGCGCACUGCCCCGGCGGCGUCCUGCUGCUGCGCGAUGGGAACGCCAACGCCGCCUUCCCAAAGUGGAAGGCGGUCCCUGACGUGCUGCACUCCGCCGCCGGGGCCCCCAGCGGCAUUGAAUCCAUCGCAAUGGGCACCACCCAGGGCCGCCCCUACGACGCCAUCUUUGCCAAG